AUUUCAGCCCAUGUCUCUAAGAUCCGUCAAAGUGGUCACGAGUCUUUGCUGUGGUAACCUACGCGUUUCCUGACGGAUCCGCGCACCGCACGUUCCUUGAGAUAUCAUCAUCUCCGGAACUCACAUUCCCUCCGACAACACCAUCUCUGGACCACGCUUUUCUUGUGAGAACACCAUCAUGGCCACAAGUUCAGCGAAGGAAAACAGAGAUGGGUUACAGUUUAUGCCGCAGCAUUACGCGCUUGCUACCCUCGUCAAGAUGAACCAGCUCAGAAAAAACAAUGUGUUGUGUGACGUUGUGCUGAUGGUAGGAACACACCAAGUUCCCGCGCACCGCGUAGUACUAGCCGGGUGCAGCAGUUACUUCUGCGCCAUGUUCACGGGACCUAUGAGCGAAAGCAAGCAGGAAAUUAUUCAGAUAAAAGGAGUAGAACCUGAUGUUUUAGAAUUGCUGAUUGAGUUCGCCUACACCUCUCAACUGGAGGUAACGAUAGAGAAUGUACAAGGUCUCCUGAGCGCUGCCUCCCUCAUGCAGUUACACUGUGUUAUUGAGAUUUGUUGUGACUUCCUGGAGAAACAGCUGACCCCUAGUAACGCUAUUGGGAUCAGGUCUUUUGCAGAGUUGCACACGUGCGAGGAGCUGCUGAUAACUGCGUCGGACUACGUGCUGGAACACUUUGUGGAAGUGACGUCAUCAGAGGAGUUCUUAUCUCUAACUCACACUCAGGUAGGCGAGCUGAUUGAUAGAGAUGAUAUCAACAUUCCUAGCGAAGAACACGUCUACGAAGCAGUUAUCAGGUGGGUGGAACAGGGAGAGAGGUUUGAACAGGACAGAACUCAGUACCUCCCAGAACUCUUAAACUCAGUCAGACUUCCUCUUCUCAGUACUGUUUACCUUGUAGACAAGGUGUCAAAAGAGAACCUGGUCCGGAACAACCCCUCCUGUAUGGAGCUACUGGACGAGGCUAAGAACUUUCACUUGUUACCUGGCAGACGACCAAAACUUCACAGCAGUAGAACUGAGCCAAGGAAGAGCACUGCAGGUGUGCUGUACUGUGUUGGGGGGCAUGAGAGUUCAAGUAAUGUUACUAGUAGUGUCGAGUGUUUCAGUCUUCGUAAAAACGAGUGGUCUCUUGUGGCGCCCAUGACAAAGGCGCGCACGCGUAUGGGAGUAGCAGUGCUGGAUAACAAGAUGUACGCUAUGGGGGGUACUACAGGAGGGAUGACACUGAACAGUGUGGAGUGCUAUGAUCCGGUACAGAACAAGUGGACUAAUGUUACUCCUAUGAGGAUACACAGAUCUGGUGUUGGGGCGGCAGUGUUAGGAGGGAGGAUAUUUGCAGUAGGAGGAGAUGACGGAGUUACACAUCUCAACUCAGCGGAGUGUUACGACGCGCAAUUAAACGAGUGGGGCGAAGUGGUGCGGCCGAUGGGUACGCGGCGUUGUUUCCCAGGCGUAGUUUCAUACAGCGGCUGGUUAUACGUAGCCGGUGGUACAGACGGCGUGCGCGUACUGAACAGUGUCGAGCGCUACCACCCUCACAGCGCUAAAUGGAGUCCCGUAGCUCCUAUGGUUGAUAAUAGACAGGGUUUUGGGCUCUGUGUGUUACAUGGACGAAUAUACGCAGUUGGUGGUCAUGGUACAGCAACACCCAUAGACAAAGUGGAGGCAUAUGAUCCGCGAGUGAAUAAGUGGGAGACAGUCGCUUCACUGAAGACGUCGCGAGAUGGGGUGGGCGUGGCUAUCUUAUCAGAUAAAAUCUACGCCGUCGGCGGAUUCGACCGGGCGUAUCUUAACAGCGUGGAGUGUUUCGAUCCGAGGCUGCUUGACUGGGUCCCAGUAACUCCCAUGACUACACCGCGAGCUGUGGCCGGGGUUGCAGUGUUAGGGGGUUCAGAUGUCUCAGAUCCGGACUCUUUCUACAGAUGAUGACGUAAUCAGACACCCAAGACGUCACUAGUCUAAACUGGUGACGUCGCUGAAUACUGAUGAUCACAGUAAUACUGUUAGAUUUAAAAUCUCAGAUUUGACUCUCCGAUCAGACCAAGAACCAAGAAGUAAAUGUAAAUGUUUAUAAAAAGGUUGCUCUUCGCGACUUCGCUUGUUCACCUUUUUUUGAGACAAUGCCGAAGUUUUUGAGUUAUUAUUUACUUUGUAGCGCGAUGCACUACUGGGCCGCGCCGCGCAUCAAAUAAUGCUUCACAUCACCACGGCGAGAAGCAUUAUUUGAUGCGCGGCGCGGCCCAGUAGUACAUCGGGUUACAACUAUUUACUAUAUUUUGGAUGGUUUUCAGACACUGCAGAAUCAGAAAUUUCGACAUUAAUUAAUUAAUUAAUUAAUCAACAUUAAUUAAUUUGAUGGAUUAUUAUUUUUUGAAGAGCAUUUGCGUUAUCUCACGAGAUGUCCAUAUAAGGACCAAUAAUAUGCGUGUCCGUAUGAUGAAUAAUAGCGAUGGUUUGUAUUUUGAACUAAACAUCUAAACAGUCACCCAUACUUUUGCAACUGGUUGCUAUAACAACAACGUUUGUUAUAGAAAUGUUGAUCAUUUCAUUCAUUACAAUUACCCAAAUAGGAAAGUUAUAUUACUGCUGUCAAGGAUUGAAUGAUUGGGACUUGAAAAAUUGUUGCUUUAAAUUAAGGUAACUCUACAGUAAAACCUUAAUUUACCAGUUUUCCAGUAAAACGACCAGGUACAAUGUAAAUGAAUCUAAAUUUCUUUAACCACAACCAAUUUAUAGGAUCUCAUUAUUAUUAAAGCUCGGUAAAUGAUGACAGUAUUUCUGUAAGGAGUCGUUCACAUAUGAUUACGUAAUCACUGAGGGGGAGGGAUGGGAUUUCUAAAUGAUUACGCUAGAAUAAUUUUGACACACUAUGCAAUAGCUAUGACGUGUAAAAGUAAUAUUUGAACGACCCCGAAGAUGAAAUUUCUUAGCAUGGACUGGUGGUCAAUAACGACUAGGAUAUCAGAUGUGUUGAAGAUUGAUAUUGCUAAAAUUGUGUAAAAUGUUUAUUUAUGUAAU